GCGUGGGUAAACAGCAGAACUGGCAACCCUGCUGCCAUGUCUCUCUCCUCAGUUUUGUCAGUUUGACACGUGACAGUGGCUAGCAAAGCUGGAGGAGUGGCGCCACGAGGACCGCAAAAAAGACUUUCUUCUCGAGAAACUUGGAGAACCGCAAAAAAAAAUGGACGACUGGGAAGAAGAGGGAACUGCAAGUUCUGCUCCUGUAAGCAGCUACACGCCAAAUGAAGGUGCAUUUUCAGGUACGCAAACGGAUAUGUUGAAAGGUGACGGCGGCGAAUUUGGAAGCGAUGGGAACAGCUGGAACAGCGAUGGCAACAGAGGAGGUUUCAGUGGAAGAGGAAGCAGAGGGCGUGGCAGAGGAUUUGGCAGAAUGGAUCAGAGUGAAUUCAGUGGAGGCAACAAUGGAAUGUGUGAAAACGGAUUUAGAGGAAGAGGCCGAGGAGGAAGAGGUGGCAGAGGAGGGUUUAGACAAGGUGGUGACCAUGGUGAAGGAGGCAGCUUUGGAGGAGGCUAUCGAGGAAAAGACGAGGAUUUCUUUGCUCAAGGGGAGGACAAAGGUCCAAGCAAGGACCCAACUGCUGGAGACAGACCAAAAGUCACCUACAUUCCCCCAACCCUUUCUGAGGACGAAGGCUCCAUUUUCUCACAUUAUGAAACUGGGAUCAACUUUGACAAGUAUGAUGAAAUUUUGGUCGACGUCAGUGGCACCAACCCACCACGGGCUAUUCUAACUUUUGAUGAGGCAGCACUGUGCCAGUCCCUGAAAAACAACGUCGCCAAGUCCGGAUACUUAAAGCCGACCCCCGUGCAGAAGCACGGCAUCCCGAUCAUCGCGGCGGGCAGAGACCUGAUGGCCUGUGCCCAGACUGGAUCCGGCAAAACGGCUGCGUUCUUGCUCCCGAUUCUGCAGCAGCUGAUGGCAGACGGCGUGGCGGCCAGUCGCUUCAGCGAAAUCCAGGAACCCGAAGCGGUCAUCGUGGCCCCAACCAGGGAGCUCAUCAACCAGAUAUUCCUAGAAGCCAGGAAGUUCUCCUACGGGACAUGUGUGCGCCCAGUUGUGGUUUACGGCGGGGUCAGCACGGGAUACCAGAUCAGAGAAAUCUCGAGGGGGUGCAACAUCGUGUGCGGGACUCCCGGACGCCUGCUCGACAUGAUCGGACGAGGAAAGGUGGCUCUGAACAAACUGCGUUACUUGGUGCUGGACGAGGCGGACCGCAUGUUGGACAUGGGCUUCGAGCCCGACAUGCGCCGGCUGGUGGGCUCCCCCGGGAUGCCGUCCAAAGAGAAUCGGCAGACUCUGAUGUUCAGCGCGACGUAUCCCGCCGACAUCCAGAGGCUGGCCGCUGACUUUCUCAAGACGGACUAUCUGUUCCUGGCGGUUGGGAUUGUGGGCGGAGCCUGCAGUGACGUGGAGCAGACGUUUGUGCAGGUCACCAAGUUCUCGAAGAGGGAGCAGCUUCUCGACCUCCUCAGGACCACUGGGACGGAGCGCACCAUGGUGUUCGUGGAAACCAAGAGACAAGCUGAUUUUAUUGCCACCCUGCUGUGCCAGGAGAAGAUUCCAACCACCAGCAUCCACGGGGACCGGGAGCAGCGGGAGCGCGAGCAGGCCCUGGCAGACUUCCGCUCCGGCAAGUGUCCCAUCCUGGUGGCCACCUCCGUGGCCGCCCGCGGCCUGGACAUCCCGGACGUGCAGCACGUGGUGAACUUUGACCUCCCCAACAAUGUGGACGAGUACGUGCACCGGAUCGGGAGAACUGGCCGGUGCGGCAACACCGGGCGGGCGGUGUCCUUCUACGACCCGGAACACGACGAUCAGCUGGCCCGCUCCCUGGUUACCAUCUUGUCCAAGGCCCAGCAGGAGGUGCCCUCGUGGCUGGAGGAAUCGGCAUUCAGUGCUCAUGGUACCUCCAGCUUCGUGCCCCAAAGGAAGUCCUUUGCCUCCACAGACUCAAGACAGGGCCCACAUCUCGGCUCCUCCCAAGAUAAUGGAACGAACGUUCAACUAGCGGCCCCGAAUGCAGCUGACGAGGAGGAAUGGGAAUAGAAUGAAUAUUUGCCCGGCGUGCACACACAGCUUUGAAUAAAAGUAAUUUUUUUGUUGUAUUUUAUUUUAAUUUUUUUAGGUGGUUUUUUUAGGGCUUCAGGUUGUUGUAGUUUAACAGUAUUUUUGUUGAAAGUGAAAGGUAUUUUGUUUGAUACCUGUUGAAGUUGAAACAUAAAGCAAAAUGUUUAAUAAAGAAAGCAGGUUGGAUUGUG